GUGUGUGUGUGUGUGUGUGUGUGUGUGUGUGUCUGUGUAUCGAGUCGUUCUCAGUUCCACAUAGAGGCAUCCGUGCUCUUUCUGCAUUCUCUGAGUUUAACAUUAAAGUAAAAUGUUUGAAAUGCGAAUCUUGACUCUAAUUCUAUUCGAGGUCUGUUUUGUGGCGUGGGCCAGCGCCAUGUACUUUGACCUCGGCGAACAGGAGGAGAAGUGCAUCAUCGAGGAGAUCCCAGAGGACACACUGGUGACAGGCUACUUCCUGUUAGAACACUGGGAUGAAAAGAAACCAGACAAUACUCCUCAUCUGGGCAUGACCGUCACCAUACGAGAUCCCGAUCAUGAGAUACUGCUGCUGAAACGGUACGGAAAAUAUGGGAAGUUUACCUUCACAGCUCACGCUUCCGGUCAGCAUUACCUCUGCAUGCAGUCAAACUCCACCAGGUUCUCUGUCUUUGCAGGAGAAAGGCUGAGAGUCCAUUUGGAUGUUCAAAUGGGGGAACACGCCGUCGAUCCCAGUGCUGUCAAAGCUAAAGACACCGUCAAGACUAUGGAGUACAGCAUACAGCAUCUGAUCGACCAGAUGAAUUAUAUCGCUCGGCAACAAGACUACCAAAGGGAACGAGAAGAAACCUUCCGAGAGAUCAGUGAGCAAACAAAUUGGAGCGUUUUAUGGUGGGCGAUGAGUCAGACGGCCAUCUUACUCUCCGUUGGAUUCUGGCAGAUGAAGAGGCUGAAGGACUUUCUCAUUGAAAAGAAACUAGUUUGAUGUUAUGCUGUUAUGAAACUAGUUUGAUGUUAUGAUGUUAUGAAACUAGUUUGAUGUUAUGAAACUAGCUUGAUGUUUUGAUGUUAUGAAACUAGUUUGAUGUUAUGCCCGCAGAUCUCAUGGAACAAAAAUGUGGUAUUAUUAUUAUUAUUAUGGUGUUUGUUGUUAUUAAUCCACCAAAAUGAAAACAUCAUUAAACUAUGACUUCACAGACUGAUAGACUGCAGGAUCAUAUGUGUGGUGACUACAUAAACCCAGAAUCAUUACAAAACAGAGGUAAAUCAAAUACAAAAUUCAA